AUGGAGUUGACGAGUCUGCAAAAGGAGUAUAGCCGCGCGCUGCCCGGAGAUCCUGUCCCUAUGGUCAAGGAUAGUCCGGUCAAGUUUGAAUGUGUCUACCAUACCACACUCAGGCUGCCCGCCAACCCUCCAAUGGGAACUGUCGACGUGGUUAUUGGGAGAGUCAUUGGGGUGCACAUCCGAGACGAUGUCUUGACCGAUGGAAAGCUCGACGUCACGAAGACACAGCCCAUUGCCCGCUGUGGUUACUUCCAGUAUACGGUCGUGAGGGAAACGUUUGAGAUGAUCAUCCCGGGGAUGGAUGAGGCUACGCACGCAGGGCUGGAGGGAAACAGCGCGAUUCACAAAAAGGUGAAGAUGCUAGAGAAUGGCUCGGACAAGCCGAAUGGAACCCCGGUUAUCAAAAGUGUCUAA